UCUUAUCCUACAGGCUGAGCUCUUGUUUAAAAUGUCUCCUUAACAACCGAACUGCAGCCAAACUGAAGUUUUCACUGAACAAACGCCUCGAGUCGGGAUGGCAGGGACUGGCGAGGGAAAGAAAGAAGAGGCCGACUAUAAGAGACUGCACAGCUUCCCUCUCAUCAGGCACACAGACAUGCCCGAGGAAAUGAGGGUAGAGACGAUGGAGCUGUGUGUGACAGCCUGUGAAAAGUUUGCAACCAACAAUGAGAGUGCAGCUAAGAUGAUCAAAGAGUCCAUGGACAAGAAAUUCGGCAGCUCGUGGCACGUGGUGAUCGGCGAAGGCUUCGGCUUCGAGGUCACGCACGAGGUGAAGAACCUGCUCUACAUGUUCUUCGGAGGAAGUCUCGCAGUGUGUGUGUGGAAAUGCUCCUAGCACAUCCGUUCCUCCUCCUCCUCUCUCUCUCUCUUUCUCUCUCUCUCUCUCUCUCUGAUGCGGUCACUGGUUUGGGAGUGAACACCAGCCACCAGCCAGACGCUGGUUACAUUUUUGUUACAGCAGGUUAGUUUUUGUCCACAGCACCAGCCGCUGUGGCGAAUAAUAAACCGUCAUAUGGAGAUCUUGUCUGGUUUAAAAAAUGUAAAAAUAGUUGGCAGGGAAAAAUAGUUGAAAGGGAAUUUUGAGUGCAACACACACUCGGGCUUGUAGGCAUAAAAAUAGCUUCCUGCCUUAUCCGCCACUUUCACUUUCUCUGCUUUCAACCCUCCAUCCGUCUCUGAAGCCGUUCCAUGGUCUUAAACAUUUGUGUGUGUGUGUGUGUGUGUGUUUGUGUGUGUGUCUGCAAGUUUAAUUUAAACUUUUACAAAAAACACACACACAACAGCCAGCCAGGGUCUCCAAAGUCCUUUAUCCUCAUUCCUCUUCAGGGAGUGCGUGUGUGUGAGUGUGUUUGUAUGUUUGUGUGUGCUGGACACACACUGUUUUUUUAAGACAAACAUUACAUCGUCACCUUCCUCGGCAGUAUGAUCCGAUUUUUGUGCAACAGUGAAGAAAAAAAACACGUCCACGCCAUCCGUAACUUUUCACUCGUCUCUUUCUCUCUCUCUCACACUCUGUCUCUCUCUCUCAAACGACCACACUUGUCUUUCAAUACAAAUUUUUAAUAUUUUUUAUGUGUAUAUAUUUUGAUGCGACUUGAGAAAAUUCUUUUUAAAGACAAGUGUCAUCUUCUUACAACUUUAAUGGCUCUGGAUCUCCUGAGCCGGACAACACUAAUAAACCUGAUCCACUUUUUUCUCCCUGUAAAGGUGUUUGUAAUAAUCCCCGACGAUAUCGCCACACUAGGAGAUAUUAGCAAUGUGAUUGUUUUCAUGUUGACGCCAGUUUUAAUGAUCCAGUGCAAUGGACCAUUGUGUGUGAACUGACCUGAUUGUACAAUAAACUCUGAAAUGUGGUGAA